AUGACAUUUAAGAAAAGAACCAGCCCCAAGGCCCAACGCAAGACCAGCCCCAAGGCCCAACGCAAGACCAGCCCCAAGGCCCAACGCAAGACCAGCCCCAAGGCCCAACGCAAGACCAGCCCCAAGGCCCAACGCAAGACCAGCCCCAAGGCCCAACGCAAGACCAGCCCCAAGGCCCAACGCAAGACCAGCCCCAAGGCCCAACGCAAGACCAGCCCCAAGGCCCAACGCAAGACCAGCCCCAAGGCCCAACGCAAGACCAGCCCCAAGGCCCAACGCAAGACCAGCCCCAAGGCCCAACGCAAGACCAGCCCCAAGGCCCAACGCAAGACCAGCCCCAAGGCCCAACGCAAGACCAGCCCCAAGGCCCAACGCAAGACCAGCCCCAAGGCCCAACGCAAGACCAGCCCCAAGGCCCAACGCAAGACCAGCCCCAAGGCCCAACGCAAGACCAGCCCCAAGGCCCAACGCAAGACCAGCCCCAAGGCCCAACGCAAGACCAGCCCCAAGGCCCAACGCAAGACCAGCCCCAAGGCCCAACGCAAGACCAGCCCCAAGGCCCAACGCAAGACCAGCCCCAAGGCCCAACGCAAGACCAGCCCCAAGGCCCAACGCAAGACCAGCCCCAAGGCCCAACGCAAGACCAGCCCCAAGGCCCAACGCAAGACCAGCCCCAAGGCCCAACGCAAGACCAGCCCCAAGGCCCAACGCAAGACCAGCCCCAAGGCCCAACGCAAGACCAGCCCCAAGGCCCAACGCAAGACCAGCCCCAAGGCCCAACGCAAGACCAGCCCCAAGGCCCAACGCAAGACCAGCCCCAAGGCCCAACGCAAGACCAGCCCCAAGGCCCAACGCAAGACCAGCCCCAAGGCCUGCCCAACCUAA